AGGUUUGCGUGGACAACAACAUGCUUGGGUUUGGUAAACUGUUUGCAAUGUACAAUCAGCGCACUUAUCAUAAAACUGUACAGAUGUGGACGGAAGGUGUAUGCCGAUAUAUUUAUGAAUUUUAUCGCCAAAGUAUUCGUACUUUAUUGGCGUUUCUUACGGAGGUAUGUUCUAGCGUUUCUAAACUUCUUUUGCUGAUCACGUCGAAAUUAGCGGUGUUCGUUGUUAGAUGUGUACAAUAUGUACGUAUCUUUGAGUCCAUAUACUGAUUUCUUGCAUGUAGUACUCACUGUUUUGGAUACAAAUUUGAUUGAAACAUGUUUUCGUAUGAUAAUAAUUUGACCUCGGAGUGGAAAAUUUGUAUGCACUGCAUCGGAUUGUUUACAGACCUCGAAGUACAGUACUAUAAAUAUCCCAAAAUUACCCUAUAAUGACAGGUUUUUACACAGGAGGAGCCCGGAAUACCAGGAGAAAAACUGUACUAUUUAGUAAAGGUAUACUGGAAGUAUUCUUCUCACUUGAAGUGUGAAAUUGUAGAAAUUAGACAACGUGCCCUCUGGAGGAAUCGAAAGUGAAAGGCACGUGUAUACAAAUAUCUGUGUUUGUUGUCAUUUGAAGAGUGUCAUUUCAUCUGUUAAUACUAAUCUUUUCACAGUUGCUUGAACGAGGACCACAAAUAAACCAGACAGCCGUAUUGAAUAUCACCUGUGCUUUAAUGAGACAUAUUGAUUUCAAACUUUCAAGUACAAGACAUAUUCUUAUACCUACAUUGAAAGUCAUAUCAAAACAUAUAAAGGUAACUACUAGUGGAAAUAUUUAUUAUAUGUUUGGUGGUUAUAUUGGUAUUACAACCUACUACUGUACCAUCAAGAGUUACUAGUAAAGAAUGAAAAUUACUAAGCCAGAGUAAAAUUUACUUCUUACUGGAUCUUACUCAUCUUUCUCAUGUAUUGAAACAAUGAAAUGUUAGAAAGUUGACUUUACAUUUUAAGUAUUGCUCAACAACCUGAGAGAUAAUAAUUCAAAAUGGGCAGCUUAGUUUUAGGCGAAUCUACUCGCAUGUAUAGUUGCCAAACAAUGGGCAACCAAACAUGUAGUUGUCUAUGAUCAUUGUAUUCAUGCAAUUAUCAGCCUGCAGGCUGGUCUAUAUAUUGUUAUUAAAAUUUAUACUCGAGAUUUCCAUCUACAAAAACCCUACAACAUUUAGUUCUGUCGAGUGAGAUAAAUCCUGAUUUUGGCAUAUAUACAUGCUGCCGAGCGAGCGAGGUAGCUGCAGGCAAGUGCCAUCCAUUGUCUCGUGAGGUAUAUAGGGAACAGCACCUGCAUGCGAUGGUUGUUCAAGCUUAAAAAAUUAAAUAAAGCCUAUUGGUAUACUAUUUAUACUGUUUAAUAUUCAGGAUGAUCUGUGGAAGGAAUCAUUGAACGUAUUAAAACUAGCGGUCUCGAGUUGUUCUGAGUUAGAAAUCCCAGUUCAGCGUGCAUCAAGUCUGAUGUUUGGUAGUACUUGGUCACUAAAUCAGAGUGCUGUAGCACGACAGGAACUUCCGGGGAAAACACUCGAUUUCACUUUUGAUGUUUCAACCACACUGGUAUCACCUCAAGAAAAUCAAGAUGUGCCCCAGAAAGGCUUAAAUGAAGUAUCUGGAUGGAAACGACCGCAGUUAUCUCAGGUAAUUACACCUCUACACGGCAAAAAAACGCCGAGCCCGUUGCCCAACAGGACUGAACAAUGUUUUGCUGCCCACGUUGUUCACACAAUAUUGUCGAGCCUGAAUCGGGUGUAACAACAUUGUUCAACAUUGUUGACAGCUGUGAACAAUGUGGGCAGCAAAGCAUUGUUCAAUCCUGUUUUCAUCAGUAUUGCAUCAACCAGAGCGUUUUUACGCGUGUAACAGGGUGGAUAAAUUAAAAAAAGUGCACAGUUCUAAAAUGUCCACUUGUCUUCUGGAAUGUCUUCUGGAAUGUCUUCUGGUAUCUCUAUAUCACAAAACUUUUCUGAAAAGUAAAUUUCCUAGUGCAGCAGAGCGCUUUCGCUCCAAACGUGCAAGUUCUGCAUAUAUUUUUCAGGUAGUUGUAUCUCUCUCGUCUUAUAUAGUCGCUACCUACAGUGGCGCCGACUGUUCGAGAUUUUUGUGUUUGCAUGGCAAUACACAUAAUUGCUUUGGUUUGUUUAACCAUGUUUAUUCCUAUGAAGGGAUAAAAGAUUUUGCCUGAAUUUCAGACGCUACAAAAGAUUAGGACUGACAUUAAGAUUGUAAGGAAUAGUUACAAUUGAAGGGUAUAGAAUCGCUGGGUAUAGUAACAUGGAAAUUGACCGAAUGUUAUGAUCUGACUUUCUUCAUAUCGUUGUACAAAGGAGGGUUACAAUUAUUAGGAUUUUGAGAAUUAAGGAUAGUUUAUUAUAUAAUAACUACAGUGAAACACGCAAUUUGAUUGGUCAAUAGCCGGCAGGAUCAGGCUAUCCUGCACGAGGAAUUAAAAUGCCUUCGCGGGAUUUUCGUGGGAUUCUCAAAAUGUCAUUGUUUCACUGUAGUUAUUUUAUAAAACAAUUACCAAAUGGUUUUCCAAGCAGGAUAGCGUGAUCCAUGCACUUGGGAUGUUGCCCGAUUUUCGGAAAGCGUAAAAAUACACUCGCCUGCGGCUCGAGUAUUUUUAGGCUUUCCGAAAGUCUCGCGACAUCCCUCGUGCAUGAAUCAAUCCUGCACCGAAAACCAUUCGGUAUUCCUUUAAGGUGGAAAAUCUCUGUAUUUAAUAUGGAAAUUGUCGAUCUUGCUUUCUCUAUAGCGUCGUACCAAGGAACGGCUCGUGAGCGUGCUUCAUGUAUGUGGUCAUCAUAUUGGAUUAAAACAAAGUCCGUCAGUAGUGUUUAGUUCAUCAAGUGAUUUGAUGAUUGAAAAACAAGCUGGUAGUGAUCAUUCAUCUUCAGAUGACAAUCAAUAUGUCGAAGGAGAUAGUAAGGAGGGAGAACAAGCUAAUGAGGCACAACAGGUACGCUAUUUAUGUUAUAUAUGGUAUAAUAUCAGGGCAGGAAACAACCUGGUAGUGAUCAUUCAUCCUUUGAUGAAAUCUAAUGUUGAAGGAGAUAGUAUGGAGAGAGAGCAAUAUAACUAUGCUUAACAGGUAGGGUACAGCAGCUACUCUGGGUUAGACUUUUGAUUUUCACUCCAUCACUACGAAGCUAGUAGGACUGAUCCAUGAUCUGUAUUUUAGGCUACCUCAAAUUAAGGCUGGAUUUUUAGGGGAGGUGCGCAUCUCCCCCGGAGAUCGUUUUGCACUUACCUUGCACUUACCCAACAACAUGUUCUUACAGAUAAACUAGCGAGAGGACGAGUGGAGUGGCAUUCAGCUUGGGUUGUUUGUUUUAGGUCUUCACUUUAAAAUUGAGAAAGUAUGAAAGUGAUAUUAAUAAUAAUUUAUUUCUGUGUCAAUUAGCCUUUUAGUGCAAACGUAGUGGUCAUACAGUCAAAAUACAAUAUUGAUACUAAGUACAUUAUAUACAUUACAUGCAUGUCAGACCGCUGCACCUCCCCUACCCGGCAAAAAACCGCCGAGCCCCUCUGCUUAACAGGAUUGAACAAUGUUUUGCUGCCCACGUUGUUCACACUUGUCAACAAUAUUGAACAAUGUUGUUGAGCCUGAAUCGGGUGUAACAAUAUUGUUCAACAUUGUUGACAACUGUGAACAAUGUGGGCAGCAAAACAUUGUUCAAUCCUGUUUUCAUGAACAUUGCAACAACCUGAGCGUUUUUACGUGUAUUAGCAUCUUAAUCACCAGAAUCAAAUGCGUGGCCUGAAAUUUGGUCUCAGAGGUCGGUCCUAGAUCAGUCUUAGGUCAGUCCAUGCGCACCACAGGACUGACUGAUUUCGGACGUUCUUAGAUCAAGCAUAGGUUUCUAAUGUGAACGAAGCUAUAAUCACCAUUCACGAAAAACAUUUAGGCUUUAGCAUUGCACUUAUUAACCAUCGUUAUAUCUUGUUGCAGUUAAUCGGAGUGUUCACUGGCUUUGAUUUCCUGGAUGAUGAAGUAGAUGAACAUGAUGAUGAUAUAAGUGGUUUUGGUUGGGACUUACCAUCAGGAGAAUAUACAACACCUGAACCUGGUGAUUCAAGAUUACGUCAUAGUCCAUUAUCUGGUUCUGAACCUGAUAUCAUUGCUGCUUAUAGAGUGGAUACUUCUGAUGAGGAUGACGAAGUAGGUGUCGUAAUUUACCUCAGUAAUCUACCUGAGGAAAGGUUCGACCACGGUUUCUAUCGCGAAUCGUCUGGAAGGCUAGGGCUGUACUUACAUGCGGAAGGAAGGGCUGUACUUACAUGUUGAAGAAAGGGCUACCGUAUUAACUCGUUUUUGAGCGCCGCGGCGCUCUUUAAAUUUUCUGAGCUUCAGAUGCGGCCCUCAUUCGGGGGCGGCGUUCAAUCAUGAGCGGCGCUCUUUAAAAAAAACUUUUAUUUUUGAAUUAUAACAAGAACUUUUAACAAUAAAAUAAACAUGUUUUAAAUGUCUUGUUGACGGCGGUAAGUUGUUAUACUGUUUAGUGCGGCGCUCAUUCGGGGGCGACGCUCUUUGAAAAAAUUUGAUCUCAAAUGCGGCGCUCAUUCGGGGCGGCGCUCAAUCGGUGGCGGCGCUCAAUCGAGUAAAUACGCGGUAUACUUACAUGUUGAAGGAAGGGCUAUACUUACAUUACAUGUUGAAAAAAGGGGUGUACUUACAUGUUGAUGGAAGAAGGGCCACACUUACAUGUUGAAGAAAGGGCUAUAUUUACAGUACAUGUUGAAAAAAGGGAUAUACUUGCAUGUUGAAGGAAGGGCUGUACUUACAUGUUGAAGGAAGUGUUUUAAAUCUUUUUGGGAUAGACACAAACAACUGCAGCUUAUUAUUGAAUACUACCUACACUGGACUACCACAUUUGAGAAUUUAUCGUACGCUACCCAGUUAUAUUAAAUAGUUGAGUGCAAUUAGAGCCCUUUCGAGACGAAAUGAGAGGUGGGAAUGAUAUUUAUGAAAAAAUGUUGCACCCCAUUGUAGAUAACUCGGCCGUUGUCUAGCGCAGUCUCCCCGAGCAUCGCAAUGCCGCUGACAGAAGAAGCAUUACGAGCCCACGAUCGGUCCAAAGGAUUUUCACCAAAUUCACAUUAUACCCCACCAUCGGAAUCAAGGUUUGUAGCUGCUUAACAAUUGUUUGUUUUGUGCAUCUUGGGGCAAGUACUUCGUGUAUGCCUAAAGCGUAUAGUUCAUUUAAUCCUGUCGCCAAUCCAACCAAAAUGACACCAUUUGAGGGGGAACGUUUUCUUCCAGUGUAUGAUCUUCCGUGUGAUGAUCUUGGUAUUUAUGUCUAAUUUCGUCACGUAUUGCUGCUACAAAAUGCUACAUUGCAGAGCAAAGGAAACAGAAUUAGACAUCAAGUUUCAUACUAAAUACCAAGAUAACAUCAUCACACCGAAGUUCAUAUCCUGGAAGAAUCUUUAGGCUAACUGUAUUUUUAAAUGUGUGGGCACCUCACUCGAUAGAACUAUAGUUGCAGAAGUUUUUGUAGAUGGAAAAUUCGAGUGUAAGUUUUAUAAGACUUAACCAGGAGCAGAAAAAUGCAACUGUUGGUCUUCCGACUGGAAAUUCCAGCCAGGGCCUACUAUAAUAGUUUUUCCGUCUACAAAAACCUUCUGCAAUUAACUGUAUUGUAACCUUUUUCUAAAUUCCUCCCAAUGUUAUUUCUUUCUUUAGUCAAGAAUCAGUGGAGUUUCCAUCGCACCGCUUGCCAAGAUUUGUGACGUCAGUACUUGAUACACAUAAUAUUGAUGAACAAUGGAGAUCACAUGUUACAGCCCUUGUCAAUGAUACUUCAGGCUCUACUGCUGUCAAUACGUUUGCAUUGCUCGCUUUAUUGCUGCGUCAAAUACGUCGUAGAGUGAAUGAGAUAACAAGACAAUGUUGUAAUGUCUUAGACAACAGUUUAUUUGGUGUCACAUCAUUAUUCGUUGAAAUUCUCGAAACUGUAGAUGUUCAAGGUCAAUGUCCGCAUGUGUAUAUGGACAGCGAGACUGUGCGGCGCUCCAAGAUAUUAGAACGACAGAAGUUUAUGGUGCUAGAGAUUGAUGAUCACUACAGAAGUUAUAAAGAAAUGUUUCACAAUGCAGGACGAGCUUUAGAAAGAUUGCGAAAUGCAGCUAAGCCUCAGGGGGAAUAUCCAUCUUCACAAGAUAGAGAGAUGUUGAGUGUAGAGGAAAGCAAAUACGAGGAUUAUGAAAUAGCACUAUGUUGGGCACUGUAUAAACUACAUUUUCAAGUUCUGCUGCUUUUAGACAGUUAUUCAAGAUUGUUUGAACAUCUUCAGAAACAAGCAAGUAAAGCCGAUGUAAGUUGAUUAACAUUGGACUCUUUUAAUGCACUACGACGCAUUAUCUUUUAUUGUAAAGUGACAUUUCGAAAGCACAGUAGGUUCAGUUUUUGCCUGACGCAGACGCGUAGCCACGGGGGAGAGGGGGGCACUGUGGUCCACUGGGGACCCACCCACCCCCAUACUUCUGUAGCUCUUUCAAAACUGAGGAGAACGUCACCUCUUAAUGUUUUCAUCUAUGACAUAAACUAUACGAAAUCUGUGGCUUUCAGAAUAUCAUAAAACGUGUCUGAAAUGCACGAAAAAGCUUUUCACAGACCCUAAAAGUAGAAACAUUUUCCAUGCCCUCUGGCCGGACGGACAAUUAGAUCCCCCACUCUUUUGGGGCUGGUUAUGCCCCUGGCCUGACGUUAUUUUCAACAGUCAAUUGACAUGAAGCCUGCAUGUAGCCAAUGUCCUGUAUUUUUUCAACUACUUUCUGAGAAUUUGAUAGUUGAUCAGAUGUAAAAUUAUGGCGUUGUCUUUUGAAUUUAUUUUGUUCAUUUUAUAUAUGAAACAUUGAAUGAUUUUAUGGUCCAAAGCACGCUUUGAAUGUACUGGAAUGCUCUUUUUCACGACGUUAUCAACGAAAAGCCUUCACUCCUGGCGAAGGGCCUUUACUCGAACGUCGAAGUGUUUUAACGUUUUUCAGGAAGUUCACACAUAAAUCACGACAGCUUAAAGUAGACUACUAUCUUCACCCACAUUUAAAAUUGAUGGCUUUCACUGUUGACGUUUCUAGAUUGUGGAUCUUACAAACAAACUUGGUCUGGUAAGAAAUGAAAUUGCUUCAGCCGUGGUGUCGGUCAAACACGCGUCAGCUGAGCAGCCGUUCGAGCAGGACAUCAGUGAUACUCAUACUUAUACCAGUGUGAUAGAAUCAAUAAUGAGGAACCUCCACACAAAUAACACAGAAUUUGCAGUAAGAACUCUGUAUGUUUUCAGAGAAAUAUUACACACUGAUAGUGAUCAAGAUGCUGUUGAAUAUUUAACCAAAUUAUACGCAAGAUAUUUGGUCGAGAAAAAAACUGGAGCAAUGGCAAUGUCCAAACCUGAGUUCACUUUACCAUCAGUUAUCAGUGAACUGAAAGAAAUGACCAUUCAUGUUCUGUCUGUUAUAGAACAGUUAAGCCCUGCUGAUAAAACGUAAAUGUUGAACGUACUGCUCGAAAACUGGUACAGCCAGGCCCUGAGUUCAUCAUUAAUCAGUGAGCUGAAAAAAUGAUAAUACACGUUCUCUAUUAAAAACAGUUGAUAAUUACGUUGAUUGAUAGAACGUAUGAAUGUUUUACUGCUCGAAAGCGUAGACAGGUCCGCUAUGAUAAAACUCUCAAGUAAUUUAAGUGGCAGAAAUUUUUCCAUCUAUAGAAUGUGGCAAACACACGCAAUGGAGGCACGUAAGCCCGGAUCAAAUGAGAGUGCAUGAAGAUUGGCAGUCACGUGACCUUGGUUAUAGCUGUGCUGUUCUUAAUGUUUUCCCAACACUAUCAUGUAUUUUAUUGAAGUCAAAAUAUAGUUGGAACAAUUUUUAAACCUUUAUUUUGUUAAUCUAGAACUUGAUAUGUCCCCUGUAACACUUCGUGACUGCUAACUCUCAUGAACUCUCACUCUCGUUUGACCGAGGCUGCAGUUGCAUAAAAUCGCCCCAAUACGUUUCGAUACAUUUGAAGUUGACAAAUAAAUGCAGUGGAAACGUUGAGUAUCGUUCGCUCGCUUCCGUAAGUGUAAAUAUAUUUGGUAUUCACCAUGAUUUGGCACUGACCAUGUGUAGCCCCAUAUUGUAGCCACUGAAAGCUGCAUGAUAUGGUGCUAAAUAUUUCUAUUACGUGUAUUUGCCACCAAAACAAAUUCAGUAUUUCUGGUGAACACUUUGUAGUGAUGCAGCAUGUGCUGCAGCAUGUGCUGUAUACUUAGUGGAACCCACGUACAUGUGGUCUAGGUUAACUAGCCUGCGUGUAUAGUUGGAGAUGACUGCACUACCACAGACACUACAUACGCACAUGCUAAGCCCAGGGCCGCCCAGAUGGGGAGGGGGCAAAUUUAAAAGGGCAAUGCGAGCCCCCAAAUAACGACAAAGUAAAAUAUGCAUAGAAAAUUAGAAAUCACUGUUAAAUAUUCUUCCACAAUGCUGGAAUUUGUUAUUAAUCCCUGUAGUGACUCUGGAUUUCAAAGUUCUUUGAAUAUGUAUAGAAAAUGGAAUUAACAUCAAAACCAAAGGAAAUGAUCUCGUUAAUAGGCAAUUCCAGCUUUUAGUUUAUGUGUGCAGGGAUGGAUGGGAAGUAAGGUAUCAUAUUGCUGAUUAUGCUGAAAAAAUAAAACUGGUGGCCGUGUAAACACGGAGUGAUAGCUUCAGGGUCCCCACGGUCCUUGAAAAUCUUGGAAAGUCCUGGAAAAAUCCAGGCCUGGAAAGUCCUUGGAAACUGAUAAGGUCCUUGAAAGUCCUGGAAUUUUUUUUCAGUAGGCUGGAAAUAAUUGAAGAAUUAUUACCAGCCCAAGGAUUACUGCCCAAAUGUUUAUUUUCUCCAAUUUCAAUUAAAAUUAUGUAUAACAAUUGUCCAAAAGUUGUUUCGAUGUCAUUUUUUUUCUAAUUGCAUUCCUAUCCUUAAGUUUAAGGAUAAAAGUUAGAUGAUUUUCAAAGAUUUUUCCAGUUGCCAGGUCCUUGAAUAUACUGAAAAAGGUCUUUGAAAGUCCUGGAAAAGUCCUUGAAUUUCAUCUUCACUAAAAGGUAGGGACCCUGUAGCUUAUACUUCUAAAUAUUGAAAUAUUUCGGUUGUUUUGGUUUUCAGCAUAAAUAAAAAGCUGGAAUUGCCAUUACAUGUCCUAAAAAUUCAAUAAAUCAAUUUCUAAAUGAGCACAUAAUCUCAAGAAUCUUUGACAAUGGAGAACCAAAUUUCUCUGUGCGGCCUUGAGCUAAGCGAACAGCGAGAUAGAUGUUGAUAUUUGUCUCCAAGAUAAAGAAGCUUCAUUAAGGGGCGGACCAUUAGAUAUCCUGGGAGAAGGGGGGGGUUGGUGGCAGAUUCAUGCAGAGUGAAGUUUGAAAAAAAUUCAUGCAAGCAUUUAGCGAAAGAAGAAAAUUCAUGCAACUACAUGGAAUAUACAUAGAGGAUAUUACACGGCGGCGCGAAGAUAUGACUUUUAUCUUCGGGUGGUGAAAACAAUAUUUU